GUUUUCUUCAAGCGUUAAUAUGUUUGUUGACUCCUUAAAUGCAGCGCGAAUUUUGAUAAGACAAUCGAAAGUGAUAGUACAGACGGGACAAGAAAUCGGAAAGGAGUGUGACACCACUGAAGACACUGAUGAUGACGAUGAAAGGGGAAGAACAUGGGCAACCUCUUGUAAAGGUAAAAUUAGAGAUAAUACGUUGGGCAUCGGAGCGGGCGGCGCAGAAAACUUAGCGAAAGGAUUUAUUGCAUCACCAAAAUUUGACACAGGAGAAAGAGG